GAAGCAAUGGCCAAGUUGAAGCAAGAACAAGUGGAAAGGGGAUUCGAACUAUUUCGUAAAUUUGCAAAAAUUGUGGAUCCGGCAGGAAACUGGGCCAACAUCACUGUGGCCGGGGUCAUGAAUUUCAUGGGUCGCGGUCACCGCACUUGAAGAGUAUGCAACUUCGAAUUUGUCAACAGCAGGGAAAUGGAACUAUGAGGUGGCGUAUUUUUGUAUUAUGUAACGAUGGGGUGGCCUGUUGUUGUAUUAUGUAAGUUUGGAAAUAGGAUUUUAUGGAAUGAUGAAGCCUGUUGUUGUAUUUGUAUUUGUGCGUAUACAGUUUAUCGGUCUCCAGUUCUGUGGCGAUAUAGCAGCAAUAAAUAUGCAAUAAACAUGCGGAUAGUGGCAAUAUUAUGUCAAUAUCAGUACAAUAGAGUGGUGAUAGAGAUACAAUAUGAUCCUAUUACAGGACGUACUGCAUCAGAAUAAGUUUUAAAUUAUAUGGUCCAAAAAAAUACUAAUAAAUAAACAAAAAAGUAAUUACAACCUGGAAAAAAGGAUGAAUUAUACAUCCCUUAAAAGACAGAUGGCCUACAGUACAGACCUUCAAAAUGAACUCUAUAUAUAUAUAAUGCAUGCCUUGUAGCACCAUCACAUCCCUCCCUAAAUUACAGAAACAUGACACCCCAAAACCUCAUGCUCCUUCCUCUUUCAACCCCUAAAUUAUCCAUUGGAUGCCCAAUCCUAGAUCACUGCUUGGGGGGUGGGAUACCCUGCAAGUCCAUAACAGAAUUAGUAGGGGAGAGUGGUUCUGGGAAGACGCAGCUUUGUCUCCAACUUACGGUACGAGCUCAGCUCCCACCCUCACAUGGCGGACUAGAGGGCUCCUCCGUCUACAUAUUCACAGAAUUCAGCUUCCCAUUUCGUCGAUUGCAACAACUAGGCAACCUUUAUCAUGCAUCAUACCCCAACUUAAUAAGGUUGGAGCCAUUGGAAGACAUAUAUGUUCAUGGUGUUCAUGAUGCUCAAGAACUCAUCCAUGUCCUUGGAGACAUAGAAGCAUUUAUUGCCAUUGAUCACACCCGCCUACCUGUGAAACUCAUUGUCAUUGAUUCCAUUGCUGCAUUGUUCCGAUCACAGUAUCAGACAACACCGGCAGAUUUGAAACGGCGGUCUGAAAUGUUCUUCAACAUAUCUGGGACAUUGAAGGGUUUAGCAAAUAAGUUUGGGUUGGCGUUGGUUGUCACCAACCAAGUGGUGGAUUUUAUUGGGCCACAUGAUGGAGUGAAUGGGGUGAGGUUGGGAAACUUGGAGUCCCUGGACACAUCAGGCAGACGGGUGAGUCCAGCUUUGGGAUUGGCUUGGGCACAUUGCAUAAAUUCAAGAGUGUUCUUGGCAAGACAUGAGCAAUCUAUUGAGGUUGACAUUCGUAAUGCUCCUUCAACAAGUAUAUGCAGUCAAACACACAGGACAUUUCACCUUGUAUUUGCCCCACAUCUGGCCUAUGCAUCGGCCGAAUUUGUAAUAAAAAAAGAAGGUAUAGUCGGAGUAUCACAGUAA